UGUCGUCGUUUUCGGAACUCUUGAUCACAUAGGAGUGAAGAGAAGAGAGGGUACCUCGAGAAGAGGAAUUCAUUGCGCACCCGUUUAAGUACUGUAGGCCGAUCAACGCGUCGUCGCCAACGUCUUUAUCGCGCUGUCGUUCUUGUUGACGACGUCAUUUACAUCCGUCGUUGCAAGCUCUUCCUCGUAGCGACCGAGCGAGGACGCGCGCAGUGACCACACUAGCGAACGGACAGUCGCUCAUCGGAGCUACUUGACGAAGUAGAGACGAUUAACCUAGCCAGCAAAACUACGACUACGGACCUACUACGAUGAGCUUCCUAUUUGGAAGCAGGUCUUCCAAGACCUUCAAACCUAAGAAGAAUAUUCCGGAAGGCACUCAUCAGUAUGAUCUGAUGAAACACGCGGCUGCCACACUGGGUUCCGGAAAUUUGCGGCUCGCGGUUAUGCUGCCUGAAGGAGAGGAUUUGAACGAAUGGGUUGCUGUUAAUACCGUUGAUUUCUUCAAUCAAAUUAACAUGCUGUACGGCACCAUCACAGAAUUUUGUACAGAGGAGAGCUGUCCCAUCAUGUCAGCAGGUCCAAAGUAUGAGUACCAUUGGGCCGAUGGUCAUACGGUGAAAAAGCCGAUUAAAUGCUCAGCACCCAAAUAUAUAGACUAUUUAAUGACCUGGGUGCAAGAUCAAUUGGAUGAUGAAACACUGUUUCCAUCGAAAAUUGGAGUUCCUUUCCCCAAAAAUUUCCUGUCGAUCGCAAAGACCAUACUGAAACGGUUAUUCAGAGUAUACGCCCACAUCUAUCAUCAACACUUCACCGAGGUUGUACAGCUUGGAGAAGAGGCGCAUUUGAACACUUCGUUCAAACAUUUCAUAUUCUUCGUUCAGGAGUUUAAUCUCAUCGAAAGAAGGGAACUGGCACCGCUACAAGAAUUAAUAGAGAAACUGACGGCGAAAGAUGCGCGAUGAGGCUCACCUCCACCGAGCCACUCGCCAUCCCGAAACUUCUCCAAAGAAUCUCAACCGUGUUGUCUUCGCUGACUUUGCACCGUGUAAUCGCAUUAUUUAACCGCCGAUCCAUUAAUCGCUACCGCAACAAUUUGUCUCGGAAUAAGAAACGGCAGCGAGGUGCACUGACUGUCCGCCUCGUUUUGGGAACAAGUGACUGAUAAUAGAUGCCUGCAACGUUUGCUUUUGGAACCUCAUUUUGUUGGCGCAUUGAUGUAUUUUAUAUAAUUACACAGCUACAUCUUGCGAGUUGUAUAAAGCACACAGCUACAUCUUGCGAGUUGUAUAAAGCACACAGCUACAUCUUGCGAGUUGAGUGUCGAAUGGUCAACGAAAAUAACAAACGAUGGUGAUGCUCUUCGUGAGACAAUAUGUCCAACCUAGCAUUUGCUUGUGUUUUCGUCGCGAUUCCGAGAAUGUACUUUCGAGCGGUCCAAACACGUUUCGUAAUUUAUUGCAUCUUAUUACUAAUAAUGCCGAUACAUACGAUAGAGAAAGAGAUAGAAAUCGAGAACAAUCAAGUCGAAUCGUUUUAACUAUGUGUGUCAGUACAAAGCAUCGGCUGGGACGUGGGAAAAGAAUGUUUCUUGUUCUUUUAAGCGAACGCAAGAAAGACUAUCCGUGAGAUGCUCGGUUUUAUAGUUUUGUUGUUGUUAUUAUUAUUAUUAUUAUUAUUAUUAUUAUUAUUAUUAUUAUUACUGUCGCUAUUACUAGAUGUAAAAAUAUGUCGCUAUUAUAUAUAGAGAGAAUACUGUUGUUUCGUGCGGCUAUGUGCGAAUAUAACAGCAUAUCGUGUGAACGACGUAUAGUUAUCAUUUUAUCCAAGGAUAAAUAUAAAACGAUGCUUUUUCCUAUCGUUUCGUAUUAGCAAAUCGUAUUCUUUAUCAAACAAGUGCAGUGAUUGUUGAUUAUUUAGAACCGUUAAAAGAGUAGAAUUAAUGCAACGCUAUUACAUUACCUUAAGGUAUCACCCUGUAAGCGCUUGUAGACUUAUUUAUACGACUAGCAUUUUUGUAUCUAUUUUGUCUCUUCAUAGAGAAAGAGGAGAGAGUCCAAUAGUCCUCACUUUUCGAACCCCUUUUAUCAAUAGCGAACUAUCUGCAUUGUGCGAUAUAUUUUGCGUUUUUUAUAUAAUUUAUACGUAAUUUAUACGAAGAAAAGAAACCGUCACGCGACAAGAUGUGUUUCAUAAAAUUCACUAAUUAGUCGCGUGACACGAGAUGCACGUAUAUUUAUCUUUGACGAUUCGCGUUUUAUUGUAUCCAAUCGAUUUCAUGCCUCAUCGGUCAAAAAGCAUCUCCACUGCAUCAUAUAUAACGUUUGUAUCGCAAUAUUUAAUAUCUUAGAAUAUUUUGUAAUCGGUACUUGAUUGAAACUAAAUGAACUUCUGUUUGAACAUAACUGCUCGUUGUGAAACUGUGCAAAUUUUAAGUACAAUUAAUUGAUCCACCAUGAUCGCCGAUCAAUCACUUACACAGGGCAACACGUUCAUCACAAAUGGUAUGAGAUAACUAGAACAUAUAUCAGAUUAAGUAUUAAAAAUUAAGAAUUUCUCAUUAAGAUGCGACGAAUCCAUUAAUUUCAAUCAGUGCUCGGUUUUGCUUUCAAAUUAAUGCCACGUCCUUCGUGGAUGUAUUUCCACAAAGUUUCCACGGACGUUUCGUGAACAUUUCAGUUUAUUUCUUUAGACGGAAGAACAAUCUCAAUUUCAAUCUUGACUCUGUCCUGAUUGGCAAAUUUUAAUUUACAAUCAAUAAUCCUUAAUUUCUUACACAUCAAUCUGAUAUAGGAAUUCAAAGAUCGUUUGCCUGAUAGAACGUCAUCUCUUUCAACACAUCACGCGUUAGUGCAUACGAUAACAUAAGUCUGUAGAAAAGCUCUAAAAGUUUCGAAAGUCAUUGAAAAGGGAAUCAUAUUUUUUUCGUUGCAGUAGACAUUGGAAUUCGAUUCCGUAUACGCAAAUCUCGUAUACGUAUAACGCGCGCGCGCGCGUACGCGUAUGUAUACAUACCAAAUAUCCCAAUUGGCGCAAUUGAUUUUUACUAUGUUCUCUGAGCUUUAUUUUUAGAGUUAAUUUUUCUUCGUUGAAAAUAUUGGGAACAGCGAUUUUAAUUUUCAGUAUUACAAAUUUACAUGUAUACGUAAUGCGUACGUGCACGCGCGCGCACACACACACACACACCACACACACUGUGUGUACGUAUCGGCGUAUUUUAUUAUAAUGAUAUGAUUAAGAUAAUAAUUAACGAAAGGGACGUAAAAAGGUAUCGACUUUAAUAAUGUUGGUAUCGUCGCCGAGAAACAGGUGACGCAUUUAUAUGUUAGAAUUGAUACGUAAGUCAUAAUGGUAACAACACUUGUAAUGAUAAUAUGGUACUUAAAACAUAGAGUAACAUUAAAAACGGAGAGAGUUAGAAGCUUCUACGAACGUAAUUUUCUCUGAGGAUACUAACAGCAGUCCCUGUUCAUGAUCGCGACGGGUGACAGUCGCUUACCAAGUUACUACCCGGCAUUCUCGACCACCAUGACAAAUUACUAUUUUUAGUCCUACACUUAUGACUCAACGAUGUAACGCUGAUCCAUAUAUUAUCACUAUACUCGUGAUGUUUCGACGCUUUUCUUCAGCCAUCCCUUGUUCCCUCAUUAGACAUAUAUUUUCCCUAUCCCUUUUCUCUUCGAAUGACUUUCCGCGGCGCGAGUGCCUCAAAAUAUUGUGUACGUGUGUGCGUGUGUGUGUGUGUGUGUGUGUGUGUGUGUGUGUGUGUGGGGCCAACACGGUCGUACAAUUGUCGCAAAUCGACAAGUUUAUACAGCGAUUUGUUUCAAGAUUAUCCUGAAAUCGUUAGAUCGUUAACGAAAAAUUGAGGAAUCAACAUUGGCGGGUAAUCGGAAACUUGCAAGAAUAAAUUCUCAAGUAUUCGCUAAUCUUAUAACUUUUACAAUCGAUACCAUCAUUCGAUACAUGUAAUAUGAUCCCUUAAAAAGAAAUAUUUUCAUCUUUAAUUUUGUCUUUUAUUCUUGGAUUAAAAGAUUACUGCUACAGAUGGAAGGUAACAUUUGUUUUCUCGUGAGUUCCUCACCCUCGACCCUUGUAACAUUAAAUUUGAAUUUGCGUGAAGAAUAUCUGUUUGUAUUUACUAAAACCAAACAAUUUUGCAAGUUAUUCAAAUGAUAUCGCUUAUCAUUAAUAGGGAAAGUCUCUGUGAGGUUUAUAAAGUUCAGUGGUCACACACAUAUGCAGGCCGAUCGAAUCGAGUUCGCGAAUGCGAACGAGAUGACAGCUUGAUGCUGUCUGCUAAAGGGAUGCGCCGUUUUCACCAUCUUGUAAAUUUCUUUGCAAUUAUUUUUGUCACAUACAAAGCGGCAGAGACGAUCGUGUUGAAAGUUGUGUUUCUUCUUCGUUCGGGACGGCCUUUCGCGGAGAGUUUUCAGUGAUCAACUGUCCGCUCGUAUGAUAGUAACGCUAGUGAUAUCUCUGUGCAAUGUAAAUAAUAUUUUUCACGAUUAUUAAUGGGAACCCGUGCGAGAAUUGCGACGCGGGACUACAAACUGAAAUGUUUAUAGUCCUGAAUAUAAUCUUGUAAUCUUCCUGUAAUAAAUAUCGUUUCGAUUGCA